AUGUGUGUCUGCCAUAUAACGCGCUGGCUUGUUGUCAUCUGGCUCAUCGUGUCCCUGGUCCAUCUGCAGGCCAAUUCUCUCCUCCAGUACUCCGCUGCUGAACUUUUAAAACUUCGGCACCACGUCCCCGCUCCUCUUCAGCCACCGGAGCGCGGACAUGACAUCCCCCCGGGCAUCGCCUUCCAGCCCCGGCGGCGGUACGUUCACCGUGGAUCACGCCGCCUGCUGUCGGCCAUGGAUCUGGUUGAGGUGAACCCGUUGCGAGCGGCGUCCGAGGCCGGGGUUGUCUCCACGGUAACGGCGGCAUGUGACAUCAUCCUCAGCUGCUGUGGGUGGAGACGAGAGGGAAGCCACGCCCCCGACUACCACCUGCCCUCCCCUGAGCCGAUCGCAGACAAACCCUGUCCCUAG